AUGGGUUGUACUAGUUCGAAUCAAACAAAUGAUCAAGUUAUUUGUUAAAUUUCUAGUCAACAAAAAAAAUAGAAUGAAAAACUUAAUAUAGGAAUCAAUUUAGAUACAGAAUAUUCGGAAACCAGAAUGUAUUAGAUUAAAAAAAAUCCUAUUGUGCAGAGAAGAAUUCUUAAGUCAAUUAACACUAAACAAUUGCUUUCAAAAUAAAAUACAGCUGAAACAUAUACAUCUAUUUAUUGA